UUUAAUCUUUCUUUUUCUUUCAUUCAUUCAUUCUUUCUACAAACACUACUAUACAACUACCUUAGCUAGCUUAGCUUGUUUUCUUUUCUUUUAGCUUUUCUCUUAGGCAUUAUUGAUAUUUACAUAUAACUUUCAAGAUAGUGUAUAUUAUAUUCCAAUUAAUUAACCAUGACAAGUGUUAUAUCAUACAUGGAGAGAUCAAAAUCAUCCAUUGAUCAAAUUCAGCCCCCAACUUAUGGAAAUUUAAUUACCAUCCUCAGCAUUGAUGGAGGUGGUAUUAGGGGACUUAUCCCAGCAACCAUUCUUAAUUUCCUUGAAUCACAACUUCAGGAGUUGGAUGGUGAAGAUGUGAGGCUUGCAGAUUAUUUUGAUGUGAUAUCAGGAACAAGCACUGGAGGCCUUGUAACUGCUAUGUUAACUGCUCCAGAUAAACAUAACCGUCCACUUUUUGCCGCUAAGGAUAUCAAACCCUUUUACAUGGAACACUGCCCAAAUAUUUUUCCACAACCUAGAGGACUCCGUGGAACAUUAAUGGCAAAGGUAAUAAGACAAUUGGGAGGACCAAAAUAUGAUGGAAAAUAUUUGCAUGGAGUGGUUAAAGAGAAACUUGGAGACAUUCGUUUGCAUGAGACCAUCACCAAUGUUGUUAUUCCCACCUUUGACAUCAAAACUUUGCAACCAACUAUUUUCUCAUCUUACCAGAUUAAGAAUUCGCCUUGCUUGGAUGCAAAAUUAUCAGACAUAUGCAUUGGCACAUCAGCUGCACCAACCUAUCUCCCUGCUCACCAGUUCACCAACAAAGAUCCAAAAGGAAAUAAUGUGCAUGAAUUCAACCUCAUUGAUGGUGGUGUUUGUGCCAAUAAUCCGACUCUAGUUGCUAUGAAUCAAGUAACAAAGCAAAUAAUCAACCAGAAUGCUGAUUUCUUUCCAAUAAAGCCUUCAGACUAUAGUCGAUUCCUAAUAAUUUCAAUAGGGACUGGGACAGCCAAAAAUGAAGAAAAAAUGGAUGCAAAAAUGACAGCUAAAUGGGGUUUAUUAGAUUGGCUAACUCAUAGUGGUUCCAUUCCUUUAAUUGAUGUUUUCUCUCAAUCAAGUUCUGAUAUGGUUGAUUUCCAUUUAGCUACUCUUACUCGAGCACUUCAUUCAGAACACAAUUAUCUUCGAAUUCAGGAUGACACGUUGAUUGGAAAUGAUUCUUCAGUUGACAUUGCUACUAAGGAGAAUUUGGAUAGACUUUGCCAAAUUGGUGAAAAUUUGUUGAAGAAACCAGUUUCUAGGAUGAAUUUAGAGAAUGGUAAAAUUGAACCAAUUGGAAAUGGAGGAACCAAUGAAGAAGCCCUCAAAAGGUUCGCAAAAAUACUUUCACACGAGAGGAGACUCCGUGACAUGAGAUCCCCUCACACUAAGAAAGCAUCUACUACUAAAUAGAGUCAUUUCUUCAUCUAAGUUUUGAUAAAAUCGUUAUUUGAUUCUAUUGAUUUCAUUUAUUCAUUUAUUUAUUCAAAUUUGUUAGUUGCUAGUGUCAAUAAAAUUUAGAAGAUAUUUUAAGAUUUGGAAUAUUUUAUAUAGGUCAUUG